AUGCCUGCUGGCAAGAGCACGCCUUUGGGUGGCAAGAGCAGGCCUUUGGGUGGCAAGAGCACACCUCUAGGUGGUAAGAGCACACCUCUAGGUGGCAAGACCAUGCCUUUGGGUGGCAAGAGCAUGCCUCUAGGUGGUAAGAGCACACCUCUAGGUGGCAAGACCAUGCCUUUGGGUGGCAAGAGCAUGCCUCUAGGUGGUAAGAGCACACCUCUAGGUGGCAAGACCAUGCCUUUGGGUGGCAAGAGCAUGCCUCUAGGUGGUAAGAGCACACCUCUAGGUGGCAAGACCAUGCUUUUGGGUGGCAAGAGCAUGCCUCUAGAUGAACGAGCAGCUGGGGUGUACCACCGGGAGUCACGCUCGGGCAAGUACCAGCUCACCUACGCCGAGGCUAAAGCCGUCUGCGAGUACGAGGGAGGACACCUGGCCACCUACCAGCAGCUGGAGGCAGCCAGAAAAAUAGGUUUCCACGUGUGUGCUGCUGGCUGGAUGGCAAAGGGCAGAGUUGGUUAUCCCAUCGUGAAAGCCGGAGCCAACUGCGGCUUUGGGAGAACUGGGAUUGUGGAUUACGGGAUCCGCCUCAACAGGAGCGAGAGAUGGGAUGCCUACUGCUACAACCCCAACGGAAAAGAAUGUGGUGGAGUCUUCACAGACUCCAAGCACAUCUUUAAGUCACCAGGCUACCCAAAUGAGUAUGAAAACGACCAAAUUUGCUACUGGCACAUUAGAGUGAAGUAUGGACAACGCGUCCACCUGCAGUUCCUGGAGUUUGAUGUUGAAGAUGACACCGCUUGCAUGGCUGAUUUCUUGGAGAUCUAUGACAGCUAUGAUGAUGUCAAUGGCUUUGUGGGCAGGUUUUGUGGAGAUGAGCUGCCAGAUGACAUCAUUAGCACAGGCAAUGUUAUGACCUUGAAGUUUUUGACAGAUGCCUCAGUGACUGCUGGUGGGUUUCAGAUUAGAUACAUGACCAUGGACAUGCCUUCCAAGACAAGUGAUGGAAAGAAUACAACUUCCCAAGGGAAAAAUAACUUCUUAGCUGGAAAAUUUGGUAUUAUGUGAGCAGAGGAAGGAGACAGACUCGUGAAGAAACUGGGUUUAGAGCCCAUCUGGGAUAUCUGCUUCUUCAGCUCAGACAUUUUCUGCACCUCUUUCUGAUCUUUUUCCUGCUUCUCUGUAAGUGUUGUUAAUAAAAGUAUCACUAGGAAGUAAGUUAUACUUAGGUGAAUAAUAGAAGGCUAUUUUUAGAUGACAAGUACUGUAAAGAUCCAAAGGAUUCUUUGUUACCAAAGGCUUUAAAAUUAUUUUUCUAUCUAAACUGCUCUUUUUCCUCAUUCCUUGACACAAACUUCGUGGGGUGACUGUUUCCAUUAUGUCUGAAUGUUGUUCUCUCUCCUCAUUUUCCUUGAUUUUUACAUAUUUAUUAUCUUUUGUUUAGAUUGUUGCUGUGGUUUUGUAAGUUCUGUGCCUGUUAAUAUUAA